GGCGCCAGUUCCUUGAUGUAGAUGUAGUCACGAGUAGCAGCGAAGUCUUCAUAUUUUGGCGCUGACUCACUUCGCACUGGUAAAAUUCAAAUCCCUAAGCCCACUGUUUGUUUCCCGAGAAAAUUUUAGUUGAAAAGAAAAUAUUGCGAAUCCUAGAGGAUAGAGAGAGAUGAAGUUCAAAGCGUUUCUCACUGAGAAUGGUGUUAUCCUUCUGGCAAAGAGGUUUUUACCAGCUCUUGACAAGAUGGGGAAGAUUUGCCAUCUCUACCUUACCAGAGACCACGCUAUAUUCCUCCACAAUCUUCUCAAUGGCGACGGAAUCCAAUCCAUCGCCCAAUUCCGCAAAGAAGCCCUCUUCGACGACUACCGAAUCUCCAGCCAGAACGAGGACCGAAUCGCCUUUUCCGUCGACGUUUCACUCCUCCACCGAGCUCUUCGUAGUAGCGUCAGUAUCUGUACAGAGUUCGGAACUGGUCCCACGGCGAAUCGCCUCCAGAUUAAACUGGUGAAGAAGCUACCUGUAAAUUCGACCCAGCCAAUGCCUUUCCUCACCUUCGAAACCAAGGGAUUCAAAUCGGCAGUGAUCCAAGAUGUUCCGAUCUCGAAACCUUUGUCCAGAGCUCAACUUCUCGAGCUUCAAACAGCUCUCGACAUGGCUCAGGAUUUGCCUCAGACUCUUGUUCAGGUUCCUGAUAUGAAUCAGUUGCAGAGUUUCGUGGAUCGAAUGAAGCACUUGGGGGAAUUGCUUAAUGUCUCCAUCACCAAAUAUGGUGAUUUACACGUACAGAUUUCGACGACUCUGAUCACGCUGGGCGCUGAGUUCAGGAAAUUGUUUGUCAUAGGAGUUCAGGCAGAGGCUCCAGCUGAGGAUCGAAAUUUGAGUGCCCAAACUCGAUCCUCUAGGGCCAUAUUAAGAGGGGACGGUCAGUCUGUGCAAGUUAGUGUGAAGCAUUUUGCUAAAAGCCUGUGCUACCACAUGGCUAAGCCAGAUUGUGCUUUCUAUGGUAUUGCUCCUCAAGGUGCUUGCUUGACGGUGAUCUUCCAGUUCUUUAUUCCUGGUUCGCGUCAAAUGGACAAGUCAAUCAGCUUACAUUGCAGACUUCCUGUACUUGACCCAGGUACCACUUGAUGACUUGAAGCUGCUUCGGAUUGCCUAUUUGCGGUUGUGUAAGACUCUACUACUACUGCUACUAUUAGAGAUUACAAUUGUCAGUAUAUAUAUUGGCAUAGUUCUUGUGAUUAGAUUUCUAGUAUUACCCUGAUAAAUAUAUUUACUUUUUUGAUUGGUGGUUUGUGUAACAAGAAUGCUCUAAUGAGUUAUAAUCUGGUUAUUGUAAUAUUUUUGUUUAUGUAUAUUUUUUUUAAAACUAGGCUCCCCGUCUAGCCAUAUAGACUUUGAGGACUACAAAACUAUAGCAAUUGCUACUAUGAGGAACAAUAAAAAAAAAAUUCAUAUAGCAAUUGCUACGUAGAUACUCACGAGGGACUUAGAAGUUGUGAGAGCAAUCCACAUGUUUGACUAUUUGAGUUA